GUUUUUUUCUCCCUCAGGAUUCUUACACACUUUUGUCCAAGAGCUGGAACAAAGGAGGAGCCAUGCCUUUCCUCCAUGGCUUUCGCAGGAUCAUCUAUGAGUACCAGCCCCUGGUGGACGCUGUGCUGUGUGUGGUGGGGCUGGAGGAGGGAGCUGCUGGUCAGGACCACAGGUCCAGCAGCCGGGAGGAUGAGGACAGUGUAUGUAGCUCCCUAGUGGAGCUGCUGGAGAGAGAGUCCCAGUCUGCUGUGUUUUUGGAAGGCAUCAGCUAUGCUUUAUUUAAGGUGGCUGAGAGGGGGCUGGUACAUGCCGCUGAAAUCCUUCUGCGCUACGGAGCUGAUGUCAACUUUGAAGACCCAGUGUCUUACUACAAUCCACUACACAUAGCAGUUCUAAGGAACAGGCCAAGCAUCGUGAGGCUGCUGGUCGGGCAUGGAGCUGACAUUGAAAAGAGGGACAGGAUCCAUGAGAGCAGUCCCUUGGAUCUUGCCAGUGAAGAAUCGGAGCGACUGCCCUGCCUGCUUGCCUUGCUGGAUUUGGGAGCUGAUGUGAACGCAAGGGAUAAAAAUGGAAAGACGCCCUUACUCCAUGCCUUGGCAAGCAGCGAUGGGCUCACCGUGCACAACACAGAGAACAUCCGACUUCUGCUGCAGAGAGGUGCUGAUGUUCAUGCUGCCACUACAGAUGGAGAGACAGCUGAGUCCUCUUUGGUGUUUCUGGUCAAAGAAGCUCUGGAGGCCAAUGUGGAGGAUGCUGCUGAGAUCGGAAACUUCUGCCUGAGAGCCACCCAGCUACUUCUUGCCCACGGUGCCGACCCCAGCUGCUGUCUGAAUGAGGACGGCGAGCCCUCCCUGACACAGACGAGCUUGGAGCACUUUGACCUGCUCUUCCCACUGGCUGUGCUGUUACUCCAGAGUGGAGCCUCUUUUGUCUGCUCCUACCACGGUGCCACCUGCUGGUCAGGUUACAAGCUGCUUUUCCACAGGCUCCAGACAGCCCUGCAGCAGUGUUCUGACAAAGAUCAUGUUUCUGAGCUCCUGGAGCAGGCUGAGUUCUUGCUCGACUUAGCCAGGGUGAACUUCCCCACACUGCCUCUUCCUCCCAGGCUGGAGCUUCCUGCUCCCAGCCAGGACACUCACUCCCACACCCAGGCUCUGUUGGAUCUCCACAGGCGUGUGGUGGAGCAGGAGGCCAGCCCUCCGGCUUUACGGUGCCUCUGCAGGGUGUUCAUAAGGAGCCACCUGCAGCCCUGGCCCCUGGAAGAUAGAGUAAAGGCCCUGCCACUUCCAGACAGACUGAAAGACUUUCUUCUCCCUGAACACACAUAUAGUCCAAAGCCCGGCUGGGACUGCUUCAGGCCACAGCACAGCCUACGCUGAAGACAUAGGCCACUAUCUGCCACUGGCUAUGUUUAGAUACACCUUAAAUCUGAAAAGAGAGACUGAACAGGCCUGUAAUAGUUUGGCUAAAAUGCAUUUAUGUAUGAAUGCAACUUAAACCUGCAACUUUUAUGAUGAGCUACACUGAGGCCUUUUUCUGGUGUUGAAGCCACCUGUGUGUAUGGUCUGUGCCAAAUCAACAGUGUAUGUAUGUUUACUUAAGGACAAAAGAUCCCAUUGUGAACAAAUAAGCUGCUGAGGUUGUACAUCUGUUGUGGUUGUGAUUUGAUUAAACCACUGUACAGUGAGCAAACCAUAACCAUUUGUAAAGGGAGUUGCAAUGUGGUAUAAAAGCCACCUGAUGGCAGUGUUGCUCUUGCCUAUCAAACUGAGCUUGAACGUCAGGGUCAGUGAUUUAGUUAUUCACAGUACAACCUAUGAAAGUUGUAUCAGUGCAGUGGAACCUAUCUGUGUUUUCUGUCCUCAACUCUUUUGUGAUGUGCUAGAGAACUACCUUUGUGUGUGUUUUCACUGUGCAUUAAACUGGACCAAUAAACCAGUCAUGCCACUCUGAAACCGUGUCCUCAUUAGCAAUGAUAUUAUGUUCAAUAGUAACAGUUGAUUUUAUUUCAUGUUUCUCAAUAUAUUACUGUUGUCUAACAACCACGGAGAAGCAGUGCAGUGCUGAAGAUGACUAUAUUAUACUUGGUGACUACCUAUUAGGGAAUAAUGUAAUUGUUACAAUGUGUACUCGCCUCCAGAAUGUGUUCAGUAU